AUGACGGCGCCGACUCUUUCCUUUUUCGGCCAGGACCCUCACACUCCAAAGUCUAGAAUCGUAUCCCGGACCGGAAAACAGCAGACUUUUACUUCGCAUCUUCGAUCAGUACCGUUGCAACUUGGCAAGGACCAGACCCAAUCCCAGAAGCCAUUCGGACGAUCCCUCUGUCGCUCAGGGCCUGAUGUCGAUGAGUCAGUUUCGUGGCUCCCAGUGGACUAUGCAGCAAAGGCUAUCAUCGAUCUGGUCAAGAUUCCCUCUCAACGCUUACCCUUGGCUUAUGCCGUGGACGUCCGUCCUCUCGUAUCUCGAACACGCCGGCCUGAAAUUUCAAGCCCUCCCGAGGUACAAGUGCGCGCUAGCCUUAUUGACGAAGUGAAUAACCCGAGCCGGAAGCUGUUGACUUUUUUUGAGAACAAAUACGGACAAGAGGAACUGGCUACGCGGUACCCAUUAUUGACAGUGCAAACUGAGAAAGCAAGUAAGAGUCUCAGAAGUGCACAUAUCGCUGAUGAUGGACUGGUGGGGAAGUGGGUAGCUGCUUGGAGAGAGACAAGUUUGUUGGCUUGA